ACAAGGGCAGGCCAGAGAGUCAGGGAACAGUGAGCCCAGGUGCCCCCAGGCCAGCUCUGCCUGCCCACUGGGAGGAUGGAGAUCUCCGUGGCUGCCCUCUCCUUCCUCAUCCUUGCUGCUGCCUUUGGAUCCCAGGCCCGGGUCAUACAUGAUACACUAGAAGAAAUCCUGAGAACAGAGCAUCAACUUGAAACACCAGUUAUCAGUGAAGGCUUUCAUGUUCCUGCUGAUUGCUGCUUCUCCUAUACUUCACAAAGAAUCCGAUGUUCAUUCAUUAGAGAUUAUUUUUUAACGAGCAGUGGAUGCCCCCAGCCAGGUGUCAUCUUCCUCACCAAGAGAGGGAAACAUGUCUGUGCCAACCCCCAUGAUUUGAGAGUUCAGAGAUGCAUGACAGACCUGAGCCUGGCCUCAAUGACAAAUGACCUGGGAAUAAUAAGACUCGAUGGAAGAGAAGGGGUAUAAGCAGCCCCUUAUACAGCCACCCCACUACCAGUUCUCUUGCCCCAGCUACCUCUUGGGAGUUUCUUCGCUUGUUUUUUAAAAACAGUUAUUCUGCUAUUCUGAUUUAAAGCAAUGCACCUAAUAAACUGUAUAAAUUCAGCUUGACA